GCUGUUACUGAAAGCUGAACCAGAAACCAGGAAAUGCACAAGCCACUUUAUGUAGAAAAACAGCUAGGCUCCGUGGGAGGAGACACAGCACCAUGGGAAACUGGUUUGGCUGUGGGGGAAGCUGGGGCGGCCCAUCAGCUUUCCAGAGGAAAAAGAAAACAGGGAGCCAAGCAAGAUGGAUCCUGAGGCAGCAGAAUGGCCCAAAGGACGCGGCAGAGCACGCGUACGAGUGGGGGUGCAAACAGCCAGCGCCUCAGGAGAGGAAUCCCGGCGUCAGGCCGGAGAGCAGCCUACAUUAUGCAGACAUCCAUGUGUGCAGCCGUGCCGGGCCACGCUCUGCGGCGGAGGUGAAGCACCUGCAGCUGGAAAGCGCUACAGAGUACGCGACCCUUCGAUUCCCCCACGCCACUCCCCGCUAUGACAGCAAGAAUGGGACCCUGGUGUGAGCCUAGGGGAGGCGCCCGUUUCCAUCCCUCGCCACACGACUCCCAGGGGCAGCGUGCUGCUAGGAGAGUUGGGGGGGCAGCCCAGGGAAGGCUUAAGCUUAAACAAUGGGUCCCCGGCCGGCUCUCCCGGCCUCCGGGGCUUGCAGCCGUGUGGGGUCGGCCGGGGUGCGUGCGGCCCCCGGAUGCGGGCCUCGGCUGAGAGGCGGGGAGGCGGCGACCUUCCGCACUCGAGCUGAUUCUGUGGCAGUAAACGGUGUCGCCGUCACACCUUAAGCCCGAUGCUGUGGAGCGCCACGGGCUGUGGGCGACCUCGGCGGCGGCAGAGGGGAGCCCCCGCCCGCAGCCAAAGACGAGCACAGCGGCGCGGGCCGCCGGCCCCAGCGCUUCCGGGCGUUCACACAAUAAAUCGCGUGAGGAACCUGCCUCGUCCGUUUU